AUGGUUCGAACACUGGCUAGGAUUGUGUUGGCAGUCUUCUCCGUGCAGCUGUACAGCACCCUGUACCCUCGUCGCUUGAUUUCCACGGCUAACCAGACGACAGCUGAUCUAUCAUUGGAUGAGCCAACACCGGUACAGCGAGCACCGGACGGACCAACGCCGACGCCAACAUGCACCCUCAAAAUCUUUGAGUUCCCGCCUGUGCAAACAGAAUGCACGUUUUACGAGAAUACGGUGACGGCAACAAGCUACACCGAAUGCCACGGCUGCGCGAUACAGACAGUUGUGCUUGGACUCGGACUCCCCUGUCGCAAAAUCGACUAUCUGCCUGGGGAUACGACGACGACGGUGACGCAGUGCUCAACCACCCCGUUGCCGAGCGGCGGGAACGUAGAGAUGCCGUGGAAGUAG